CCCUCUACCUGCCUCUCCUCAGACUGACGAUGGCUGAAGCCCAGUUGUGCGGAUUACAGGAUGAGUUCACUUGCUCGGUGUGUCAGGACACCCUGACUGACCCUGUCACCAUCCCCUGUGGUCACAAUUUCUGUCUGAAGUGCAUCACCGACUACUGGGAUCAAAGCCAUGUAUGCAGCUGUCCUCAGUGCAGAGAGAACUUCAGCACGAGGCCUGCUCUGCGAAGAAACACUCUGCUGAAUGAAGUCAUCAAAAAAUUAAAGAAGACGGUUUCUCCGCCAUCUAAGAUUUAUGCCAGCCCUGGAGACGUGGAGUGUGAUGCCUGUACUAGGAAGAGGGUCAGAGCAGUGAAGUCCUGUCUAACCUGCUUGGCCUCUUUCUGUCAGACUCACCUGCAGCCUCUCUAUGAAAUAGCAGCCUGGAAGGGACACAAGCUGGUUGAUCCUGAUAGAAAUUUGAAGGAGAAACUCUGUGUGAAACAUCAGAAAAAUCUGGAGAUGUUUUGCAGAACCGAUGAGACGUGUAUCUGCUUGAUGUGUGCGGUGACUGAACAUGAUGGUCAUGAAAAGGUUGAGCUGGAGACGGAAAGAGAAGGAAAACAGAAACAGCUGGUGAUGACACAGAGUGAAAUUAGGAGGAGACUUGAAGAGAAAGAGAAGAAACUGAAGGAGACAAGGAGGACAACGGAGGAGAUGAAGCUUUCUGUGCAAAGAGUGAUGAGGGAACAUGAAAAGAGCUUCACUGAUCUGAUUCACUGCAUUGAGGAAACCCACAAGAAAUUGACAGAGAGGAUCACAGAAAAAGAAAAGAGAGAAAUGGAGAAGGCUGAAGGAGUCAUGAAGCAACUGGAGAAGGAGAUUGAGGAGCUGAAGAGGAGAGAAGCUGAGCUGAAGGAGCUUUCAAAGACCAAGGACCAUCUCCACUUCCUGCAGACUUUCUCAUCUUGCUGUGUCUUUCCUGCUAAUGGAGACUCGCUCACCUUCACUGUCACGGCUGACUUUUCUUCUGAGGACCUGCUAAAGGAACUGUCAUGUUUGAAAAAGAGUCUGGAGAAGAUCAGCCAACAGGACAUCCUGACAAGGACUCCAUCAGGUCAUGAAGCUCCAAUUUUUACCCUACAGCCUCCUGAACCUCAGAGCAGAGAGGAGUUUUUACAAUAUUUCUGUCCACUCACACUGGACAUCAACACGGCAAACAAACUUCUCCGUCUGUUUGAAGGGAACAAGAAGGUGAGAUGUAAGGAGACAAAAGCCAAAUAUCCUGAUCAUCCUGACAGAUUUGACCUCUGUUACCAAGUUCUGUGCAGAGAAGCUCUGACUGGGACUCGCUAUUACUGGGAGGUGGAGUGCAGUGGACGCCUUAUGAGGAUUGGAGUCGCAUAUAAAGGACUGAGAAGGAAAGGAGAUGGCAAGGAGUGUGGCCUUGGAAAGAACGACAAGUCCUGGUGUUUGCGGUGUUUUGAUUCUGAGUACUCUGUGUGGCACAAUAACAAGAGGACUCUAAUCAAGGCCCCCUACAGCCCCAGAAUAGGUGUGUAUCUGGACUGGCCUGCUGGCUGUCUGUCAUUUUAUAGCAUCUCAAACACUAUGACCCUCCUGCACAGGUUCAACACCUCCUUCACUGAGCCCCUUUAUCCAGGGUUUAGGCUUCUGUUUAACUCCAGUGUAACAAUCAGCCAGCUGACACCAUGUGACCAUUGACCAGUAGGCCUACCUUCCACCAGUCACUUGAUGUCCCCACAAGCUCAGGUCCUCUUUGUGUUUGUAGUUUGGGGUCAAAUUAAUUUUACAGGAUGGGUGGGUUGGGGGGCAGCACCUCUUUGAUUGAAUUUGUGAAUGAGAAUGAGGGGCGAGUGUGUCUGUCAGGGUCUCCAUUUUUAUUGGGUUUCAGUAGCCAAUCAGGUGUGUGUGUGUCAUAAUAAGGGGCGGAGACACCUCAGAUCUACAAAUACUAGUCUGACCAGCAGGGGUCACUGUUAAUUCACAGUCACAUGUCCUUCAGACUGACACCCCAACAACUACUGAGGUACCCAAGUGUCACUGAAUGUCACCUGUUAAGUAGGACAGGCGUGUGGUCCUGCUGGAUCAGCACAACUGAAAGGCGCUAUACAGACUCAGUAUCAAGAGCUCUUAAAUAGUGACUAUAUGUAGGAGCAGAGAGUGACAGAUGGGACUGGAGGGUUGUCCACUCACCAGACAUUUUGUGACCCUCCAUUGGUCACUCAAAGGGUCAUUCACUUCAGAAUGAAUUCACUGUGAAUGUCUGAAGACGAGGACUCACCGGUCAGUCAGAUGUCGGCCAUACUGAUAGAGUUUGGUGUUUUAGUUGAUGUCACAUUAAACUUUAAACUAUACCUCCUCCUUGUCCCCAGAUUUGUCACUCCUGGUAUACUGAAAGCUCCAACAUCUUCAAAAAAUGAAUUCUUGGUCAGUUGGCACACACUUGACAUGGGUGCACAUGUGUGGCUUUGCAGUGGAGUGGCACCCCACCCAGGGUUGGCCCACUUUGUUCACAAACCUGAAAUUGAAAAGUGGAUAGGAUAAAUACAAUAAUAAUAUGCCCAGGCUGACCCUCUGCCCCCCACACUACUGAGCUGUUCAGUUACUAAUAAAGAUGAACAUUAAAUGGUGAAUUUGACACUCAUGGACACCACAAGAAGUUGUAGAGCAUUGAGGACUGAAGUCAGAUGUGAUGUUUCAUUUUGGGUUUCAUUUCUGCAUUAAAUGAGUUACAAUGAAUUUUGUAUGAAUUUCAUGUAAAUGGUAUUUAUUUUAUUGCUGUAUGUAUGGUGUGUUGUUGAAUAUUUUGCUUCUAAGUCUCAUGUUUAUGUAUUUUGUUGGUUUAGUUAUCCCUCAUUUUUUUUUUUUUUGUGUUCCUUGUGGAGCCUGGGGGGUGGGGACACUUGACACUGCAGCUGGAGCUCCGCCCCCAGGGGUAUUUAAGAAGAAGCUGCAG